GAAAAGCAAGAUGGCGGAAUAUAAAGUAAAGAGCGGAAACUACGCUUGCGAUUGUGCAGUCUGUAUUGAAAUCACCUGAAAUCGGUAAUUUAGCAUAUUUAUCUAACAAAUUAUUAGUUUUCUUCUGAAUUAUGUUCGGGUGUCUUUUUGAAACCGAACAAGUUGCUUCCGAACGUGAGACUGCAACCGGAGUGUGGAAACAACAGAAGCUAGACUCACCUCGUGAACCGAGAGGUCAGACAAGAAUCUGUGGCCUGCAGAAUCAAGGAGCCACUUGCUAUUUAAAUUCUCUACUGCAGACAUUGUUCUUUACUCCUGAAUUUAGAGAUGGCCUUUUCCAACUCAGAGCAGAAGAUCUUUGCUAUGGACCCAGCAGUACAGCAAAUUCAAAGGUCAGAGUGAUACCACUUCAGCUUCAGAAACUGUUCGCAAAACUUCUUCUGUUGGAUCAAGACAUUAUCAGUACUUCUGAGUUGACCAAUAGUUUUGGUUGGACAGGAAACGAGGGCUUUCAACAACAUGAUGUUCAAGAAUUGAACCGAAUUUUAUUUAGUGCUUUGGAAUCUUCUCUUGUCGGCACACAGGGAGAACCACUGGUCAAGAAUCUCUACCAUGGAACAUCAGUGACAAAGGUUAUUUGUCAAGAAUGCAGUCAAGUCAGUGAAAGAGAGGAAGAUUACCUUGACCUUCCUCUGACCCUCUCAGGAUGCAGUGGCUUGGAGGAGAGCCUGUACAUGAGUUAUGUUGCCAUGGAGAUCUUGGAGGACGCCAAUCAGUACAAGUGUGAAUCAUGUAACAAACAUGUUGAUGCCCUAAAGGUUUGUUUUAAAAACCAACAUAUGAAUCAUCAUAAGUUACCUCAUCGUCAUCAUCAUUUUCCUUAUCGUUAUUAUCAUGAUCAGCAUCAUUACCAGCAUCAGAAUCAGCAACAGCAUCGUCAUAAACAUUAUCAUCGACACCAUCACCAGCAGCAGCACUACCACUACUUUCAGUUUUAUUUUUAUAUGGAUUAUGGCUACCUUGUGGAAGGUGUCUGCCCUCAGGCAGUGUCCAUUUGUAGGGGUUCAUCUGUCAGUUGUCCAGGCCUAAAGAAGUAUUAUUUUGUAUCAAAGGAGAAGGAACAAGUGAGAGUUGUAAAAGAAGAUGACAGUGGAAAGAAGGAUGUUAUAUACUGUGAACACCCUGUGGACCUGAUUGUGACUUUACUAAAGAAGCUUGGUGGCACAGCAUCUGUCAAUCAGUUAUGUCAGUGCAUGUCAAAAGAAACAGGAACCUCUUGGAAUAAGCGAUUCAAAAGUCAGUAUGGACCACUGACAAAGUUUUUCAAGAAACACUCAGAUGUUUUCCGAUUUAGUGAUUUCUCCGGAUGGGUUUCACUGCAUAGCGGCAGUGAAAAAGAUUCUGGUAAAUCACAAUCAAUUUCAGUACCAAAACAGGAAGAGCCAAGUUCACUUGGAAAUGAUUCUGAUGGAAGGAGCAUUCAAUCCCUGAUGGAACGAGAAAAUUGGCCUGAACCAGAACAUUGUUGGUUUGAUGUGAAUGAUUCAAGAAUAUCCUGUAUUCAUGAGAAGGAUCUCCAACAUCAGUUUGCUGGAAAGGAGAGUGCUUACAUGCUAUUCUACAGAAGGAAAAACAUGGUCUUUUCUAAGAAUGAUCCAAUUCUCUCAGUCCCUGCUGUCUUAAGAAAAGAAGUUGAGGAAAUGAACAAAGAUCUAACAAAGCAACGGGAAAACUAUGAUGUCCAUCUAAAUCAAAUAUCUGUCAGUGUACUUUUUGGCAGCCACUAUACAGUGACAGACGGCAUACUUAUGCUUAAACAGGUAAUUUCGACUGAGCCACUGGUCAUAUCAUUGGACAGGAGAAAUUCUGUCACUGAUCUUCUGCAAACUAUUUUCAAGGUAAAGAGCAAUGUCUACCAACAUCGUCUUUCAGAGCUUGUGAUUUCACGUUUAUGAUCCUGAAACGGUCAAACCGGAUGAUAUAUCAUUUGAGUAUUUCUAUCAGCACUACUGCUAGUCUUAUCCCACAAUCUAAGCAAUAUGCAUUAGGCAAUUUGGUCAUUUGGUUAUGCUGUAUUAAGUAGCUGCGAAUGUUUUUAAAGUAUGCUUCUCAGUAUCAAGUCAUUGUGCGCAGAAAUACAUUAAGUUCAUUGACGUCAUAGUUAAGUGUCUUCUUCUCAUAAAUGCGGUGGAUUUAUUUGGCCUGUAGUGAUCAUAAUGUUUUUCCAUUACAUAAAGAGAGUUUCAUGGUAUUCUGCAAUAAAUACAUCAGUCUGAAUUCUUUUUUAUUAUAUUCGAAGUCAAUUCAUAAUAUCUAUGUAAUUACGCAAGCUACCGGUACUAUCUUACAGAUCUUAUCAAAUAAAUUUUUACUUCUGAUAUUAUUGUUCUUGAAUAGCAGGUAUGUAGUUGCUGUGCUCUUGUAACUCAAUAGUAAUGCCAAUGCCAGUGUCGGGAGCCUCGUGCCUAUGUAGGGCUGAUAUUGUGCACAGUCAAUACCAUAUUACCACAAGCACCAAUAGAGCAUGGAGAGGAAAUCAUAUACUGAUGCCUGUAUUGUGUGAUGGAUAAAUGCACUGCCUUUUAUUCAUGGGACAACCACACUACCCCGUUGAAAUCAUCUAAUGUAAUGUGCUCCUGCACACAUCAAUAAGAUACCAGCAUAAAAAAGGGUUAAUUUGGUCCCUGCUAUACUACUACCAACA